CUCUCCUGGCCCGGGAGCAGGAGUUAGGAGCCACGUCCCUGUGAGACCUCCAGAAUUAAGAGCAAAUGCCUGGAGAAGUGCAGUUGCCCAGAGCAGCGCGGCAGCUCUCGUGAACGGCGGGCGUCGACGCCUCUCAGACCUGCUCCUCUGGCUCCGAGCACUGCCCGCACUGCCUACCCCACGAAUGGCUACUCAGAGGAAGCACUUGGUGAAAGAUUUCAAUCCUCAUAUCACCUGCUAUAUCUGUAAAGGCUAUCUCAUCAAGCCAACCACAGUAACCGAGUGCCUCCAUACCUUUUGUAAGACUUGUAUUGUUCAACACUUUGAAGACAGCAAUGACUGUCCCAGGUGUGGCAACCAAGUGCAUGAGACCAAUCCACUAGAAAUGUUAAGGCUGGAUAACACCUUAGAGGAAAUUAUAUUUAAGCUCGUGCCCGGACUUCGAGAACAGGAACUGCAGCGAGAGAUCGAAUUUUGGAAGAAAAACAAACCUCAAGAAAAUGGACAAGAUGAAAGCCCAAAAGCUGAUAAACCCAAAGUAGAUGAGGAGUGUGAUGAAAAUGAAGAAGAUAAAGACUAUCACAGGAGUGACCCACAGAUUGCUAUCUGCCUUGACUGUUUACGCAACAAUGGGCAGUCAGGAGAUAAUGUAGUCAAAGGUUUAAUGAAGAAAUUUAUCCGCUGUUCUACUCGAGUGACCGUGGGAACUAUCAAAAAGUUUCUCAGCUUAAAAUUAAAACUUCCAAGUUCUUAUGAGCUGGAUGUACUAUGCAAUGGAGAAAUCAUGGGGAAGGAUCAUACUAUGGAAUUCAUCUAUAUGACGAGAUGGAGACUAAGAGGCGAAAACUUUCGGUGUCAGAACUGCUCAUCUUCGCAAGUCUGCUCACAGGAUGGCACUUUUUAUCAGUCUUACCCUAUGGUACUUCAGUAUCGACCUAGAAUUGACUUCGGUUAGACCAAAGGGCCAGAUCCCACUGAGAUGAAUCCUGCACUAUUUGUUUACCCAUCGACAGAUUGCACAAUGAAUGGAUGUGCCUGGAUUAGGGGGACACAACCAGAUUUUCAGCAUGCAAAUAAGGACAUUGUCUUUCUUAAAAUUGUCAGUUGCAUCUCUGUUGUUUCUAUUAGAGCAAGCCAAGUGCCAUUCUGCUACUGAAAUGUGCAUAAGAUAUUUGUGUAUCUUACGAGUGUGCUGCAAAUCAUAGCCAAAACCAUGAAGUGUACAGUCAAGAUUCAAAACCUAUGGAAUAUUUUUGCUUGCGUGUUAGAGAAUUUUUUCUGGUCCUAAUAUUGAUUACACUAGCAAAAUGGCAGAGUGCUCAUUCCAUGUGGUGUUGCAGUUUCACACACUUACUAUUUUACUGAAUAUUGUUGUUUAAAUCAUAGAGUACUGUAAAAAUAACUAAGGAUUAUACCUUGAAAAUAUUUUGUAUAGAAAAUAUAUUUAGAAGAGUGGUGAUUGGGCCACUACCUUUUUCUUGGUAAGCUUCUCAUGGGUCCAGGUAUAGCUCACUCAUGAGUGUGCAACAGUCCUUUUGCAGUGAGUGAAGAUUAAUUACCUUUCACAAGAGAUGUAGGACGGGGUAAUUCAAAACAGUAAUUUUACAUCUUCUAAACAGAUUCUGCUAAUAUUGCUUAAAAGCAUUGCAGCCUUUGUGAUUGCACUUUUCUAUGGUUUCCCUAAAGAUUGGAAUUUGGGAUAGUAGCUAUUUUUGGAAAAUGGCUUCUGGUCAGAUUACAUUUCUUCUAAUAAAGCCUCCAUAAAAAGGAAGUUAAAAAUA